UUCGCUCCACUCCCCGAGGUCGAGGGGUACAGGUUCCUCGUGUUCUUCUCCGAAUCCCGACGCCGCAGACCUUCUUGGUUUCCACCUCCACCUCCUAUCCUACACGGUGCUGACUUCUGGAGGCAUCAGAAGUUCAGAACACGUCGUCGCAAAGCCGCUGCUGCGAAUUUAUAGAGCGAGAAACAGGGGCGUGUGUGCAUUGUUGCAAUACCUGCGUGAGCAGCAGAUGCGUCAUGCCUGCGCGCGGAGAGUGUAGAUAGUUUGGCAGCCGACAGCGCGAAUGGGAUCGAGGCAGCGGCGCCGUUAUCACGGAGGUUGCGCGGUGCCGGGUGUGGCUCCGGGAGCGGCGGCGUGCUUGGCGGCGGCGCUGCUGCUUCUCAUGCUCGCGUUCCACUGCGUCCUGUCGCCGCCGCUAGGCGACGGAGGCCGCGACGACUCUCCCCGGCCUCAGAGCCCCACGUUCGUGUCGAACAAUCUGGGUGAAUUGCGCAGGAAUGUGCUUGCUGCCGAUACUACGAACGCGCACGCUUCUAACACUACAGUUGGUGGGAGCCAAAUGGGGGAAGAACUCUGGGGCUCGGGGGCUGGAAACGACUUCUACGGGUGUAGCAACGCCAGCGCUGAGUUUGCAGGAGCCGAAGCUAACACUGAAUUAAAUAGGUACUUGAUGAUUGACGCUAGUGGCGGCUUGAACCAGCAGCGAACAGGGAUCAUAGAUGCUGUUGUUGCAGCACGCAUUCUAAAAGCAAUUCUUGUUAUACCACAGCUCGAUCAAAAAUCUUUCUGGGAAGAUUCAAGUGAUUUUGCUGAUAUCUUUGAUGCUGAUUACUUCAUAUCCUCCCUCUCAAAAGAUGUAAAGAUCGUACAACAACUACCUGAUAUGAUCGGCAAAACAUCUCUCCCAUACAAGAUACGUGUCCCUAGGAAAUGUACACCCUUAUGCUACGAAAACCGAGUGUUACCUGCUCUUUUGAAGAAAAAUGUGGUUCAAUUAACCAAAUUCGACUAUCGGGUUUCGAAUCGGUUAGAAACUUACCUUCAAAAACUGAGAUGUAGAGUCAAUUAUCACGCAUUGCGAUUCACUGAUACAAUACAUAAAAUGGGUGAAAUGCUUGUUCAGAGAAUGAGGGAGAAAAGUGGCGGACGCUUUAUCGCUCUUCAUUUAAGAUUUGAGCCUGACAUGCUUGCCUUCUCUGGAUGCUACUUUGGAGGUGGGGAAACAGAGAGAAGGGAGUUGGGCACAAUACGUAAGAGAUGGAAGAAUUUGCAUGAAGCCAAUCCUGACAGAGAACGGCACCAUGGCAAGUGCCCCCUAACCCCAGAGGAGGUUGGAUUAAUGCUGAGGGCCUUAGGAUUUGGAAGGGAUGUACACAUGUAUGUUGCAUCAGGAGAUGUGUAUGGUGGAGAGGAAACUUUGGCACCACUGAAGGCACUUUUCCCAAAUUUUUACUCAAAGGAAACACUGGCAAGCAAACAAGAGCUGGAACCGUUCUUGCCAUUCUCUUCUCGCAUGGCUGCCCUGGAUUUCGUUGUGUGUGACCAGAGCAAUGUUUUUGUGACGAACAACAACGGCAACAUGGCCAGAAUGUUGACUGGCCGCAGGAGAUAUUUCGGGCACAGGCGGACCAUAAGACCGAACACUAGAAAGCUUAACUCCCUCUUUCUGAACCGAACCAGUAUGAGUUGGGACACAUUUGCUUUCAAAGUUCAGACAUUUCAAAAGGGAUUCAUGGGGGAGCCAAAUGAGGUAGAGCCUGGAAGAGGUGGAUUCUAUGAGUACCCAUUGGAUUGCAUCUGUCAAAAGACCAAGGGAAAUGCUGAGCGUACUAUGGAUCAUCUAAGCAAGGAUGCUACCAUUAUUACGGAGAAACAUCUUACUGACAGAGACGGGAGGGAUCUGGACUUUAUGGAGCACACACCAUUGGCAACGGGCUCCUCCAAUGAGACGGAAUCGGACUAUAGUCAUGGCAACGGUUUGGACAUUCCAGAAAUGGAUGAUAUGAUCUCAGAUUAAUCACAAUCGGGUCGUCGCAUGUAUUGCCUCAAAGUGAUUCCUUUGUUCGUUUCAUAUACAUCAUUAGUUAAGAUUAUCAAAGAACUGAUGCUUAUGUAUAGUUACAAGCAGGUGAAUCAUUUGAAGUAAACUCCAUGCUCCCUGAAGAACAUUGCAUCUUGUAUGAUGAUGAACUACACAAUGAAACCAGCUUGAGACGAUUACAAAGUAACAAACACCUCUGCUGUGCGUCCAGUCCGCUUCCUGAAGCAAAACAGAGGCCCAGCAAAAUCAUCUCCGCGCGCCGCGCGCCGUCGCGGCUGGCGUGUGGAAGCUCUUCCAGGAUCUGGGGACGGGGGAAAUCACAACUGACAGCUCGACCUGAACCCUGUGCGUUCCGCCUAGCAUUGCCUGCAGACCGCAGCCCAGCAGUUUCGAUACACGUACAUCUGCAUGUUUUCCAUAGUGAUCGCUAUUCCUCCGUUUGGAGGAGCAGGCUGUUCGGUUCAAACUCGGAAGGGUAACUGGGAUCAAAUUUGUCUGUUACUUCGUUUCUUUGCCAAACAUUUGUAACUUGAUUCAUUUUAGCCUACAAAUACUAUGUUUAGAUUUAGCCAUUGCUUGGAUUAAAGUGCUUAG